AUGCCGUUCCUCGCCAUCCCCACUCCCCCUUUGGUGGUCUUCAAAUUGCCUUUCGCCGCCCCCAUCCCCGUGGCAGUACCUGCUGCUGUUGCCAAGCCAUUCGCCGUCACCCCCAGACCCCCCUUCGUGGUCACCGUGACCGGCUUCGCCGGCUUCGCCGGGGCCGCGGCAACGGUCUUCUUCGCUGCGCUCGUCACCACCGACUUCGGCGACGUCUGCGGUGACCUCAACGGCGAUGCUCCCGGUGAAGACGUCGGCGAAGCAGACCCCUGGGGUAGCCUGUUAGGCAGGAGCGGGUUCUUGGAGAAGGAUGAGGACGAAGACGUGACGGAUGAAGGGGAGGUCGGCGGAGAAGACGCCUCUGCCGCGAAAUGCACCACUGCCGCCGCCUUAGUGGCCGGCGCUGCCUUCGCCGCCGGUGCCGUCGCUGCCGUCGCCGCCGGUCGUGCUGGCAGAGCGGGAGGGUUGGGUCUCGAAGGCUUCGGUGGCGGUGACGAUGACGGUGAAGAUUGCGGCGGCAACGACGGUGACGGUGACGGUGACGGUGACGGUGACGGUGACGAUGACGGUGACGAUGACGAUGCAGCCUUCGCUGGGGCCGGGGGCGCUGUUGGUAUUACCGACGAUGACGGCGAUGCCGCCACCGCUGCUGCUGCCGCUGCUGCCGUCGUAGCAGUGGCCGCUCCGACAGCCGCCGCAGGGUCCCCGUUCACCGUCUGUGGUGUGGUCGUUGAAGCGAUCGGGCUCGGGGAAGCGACGGCACUACCCCCUCUGGCGUCGGCGGCGGCGGCGGCGUCCUUCUGCUCACCGGACGUAACCGUUUUCGCUGCUGCUGCUGCUGCUGCUGCUGUCAGCGGGCACGCCACUCGUGCUCCAGCCGCGUUGCAUUCCGGCUCCAACGUCUUAGACGCAGCCUUUGGGGUAGACCGGAGAGGUGGCCUACUGACGACGGCGGCGGCGGUGGUCGUGUUGGCGGUUGCAGCAGCAGCAGUCGCCGUGCUGGAAGAGGAGGUGUCGACUUCGGAGGCGCCACUGGCGCCGUUGCUGGGGGCGGCCCUUGUCUUUGUGCUCUUGCUACUACCACUACCGCUCGCGGCGCCGGGAUGCCUCGUUCUCGGCGGCGACGACGAUGGCGGUGGGGACACAGCCCCGCCCCUUUGCCACAUCUUGAUGAUCGAAGCCACCCUGCCGGGAGACUUUUCUUCCCCCCCGCCCGUCGAGGGCGCGGUGGACGUCGGCGUCUCGGACAGCGGCGUCGGGGGAGCAGUGCCCGGGGUCGAUGUUGCGGAACCGGGGGCAUUCUUUUUCGCGGUUGGCGUGGUGGUGACCUUUGCGCUGACAGCGGUCGCUGUGGCGGACUUCUUGAGGACAGGAGGUGUUCGGGGACCGGUGCUGGGAGUCGAGCUCGAGCUCGUUGGAGUCGAGGCGGCCUUCUUCAGGUCGGGGACCAGGGCCGGUGGCGGGGUGCGCGGGGGGGUCGCCGCUGCCGCCUGCCUAGACUUGCCGGCCCUGUUGCCGACGCCGCCAUCACCCCCACCACCCCCAAAUAUCCUCGCCAACGCCGCCGUUUUCGGGGAGAGUCUUGCCUUAGUCGGGGAUGCUGGCGGGGGCACCGCGGAGAUGUUUAGAGGCGCGGGAGCGGCUGUCGAACAGGUCGUCUGUCGAAAGUUCGAGGAGGAGGGGGAGGCCUCUCUGCUGACGACGUCACUGUUCUUGAUGCCUUAG